UAGAGAUCCCGGACCAUUGCACGGGUCACCCACUGCAAGCCUGUACAAUUCACGAUACGCUUGCGAUUGAUUUUUUUGUGCCUCUCAACUCUUGAAUCAAAAUGAAACUGAAAGUUACUCCGGUCAAUGGAAUGUUCCACCGGCGGGCACUUUCUUUUGUUUCAAUUCUGCAAAUUCGAGCCAAGUCUGCCUCUUAUCGCCCAGUAUUAUGUUAUUCGAGAUGUGGAAUUCGGCUGUUUACCUGUGGCAGUGGCUCAGUUCAAUCUGAAUUUUCUGGAGAGAACGCAUACGAUAUUUUGAGAGUUUCAGAGACCAGCUCCAGCGAUGAAAUCAAAGCUUCUUUUCGCAAAUUGGCAAAGGAAACUCAUCCAGACCUCGCUGAGUCGAGAAAUAAUUCCGCUGCUUCCCAGCGUUUUGUGCAAAUCCUUGCGGCGUACGAGAUCCUUUCUGAUUCAGAGAAGAGGGCACUUUACGACAGUUUUCUUGUAGCUCAGAGAAAGUUAGUUAAAAAAAAUGGUAGCUACGGCUCAAUAUCAUACGUAUAUAAAUCCAAUCAGACAGCUUUCAAGCAGAUGGAAGUUGUUGAAUGGUUGAAGUCCUAUAGAUCUUUUAUUAAUGAGAUAUUAUCAGAAAGGAAACCUGUUGUUGUUACGGACUAUUUUGAUGAACUUGAGAGGGAUUUCUACUUAGCCAUGCAUGUUGCUUACUUUGGUCCAACCAUCGAGUCUAUGGAACUUCUACCUGAUUGUUUUGAAGCUGAGGAGAGGUCAACUCAUGAAACUUCCGAGAUAUUGCACUUGGUUUCAGGGCGCGAUCUUUUUGGGAUAGUCAGUUUUGCCGAGGAGGUGGCUAAAGUGGCUUCUGCCACCAGUGGAAAGUCUAUUUCUUCAACUUCUAGGUGUCUAAACAUCACUCAAGCCAUUGAAAAUGUUAGCAGCUGCGUGAAUUUGACAAGAGAGGAAGAAUUUGAACUUCCUCAGGCCUCAAUGUUUUAUGAAUCAGAUGCAUACAAAGAUUUAGAGUUGCAUAUUUGUGGAAAAGUAAUUGCUAGGGCUUCUAGACUUCCUCCAAAGUUCCAUGGUAAGAGCAUGGAGGAUAAAGACAAUCAAGAUCAAAUACAUGUUUUUCUUACUUCCAAUGAUGAACCCAUGCAUACCAGUGAUGGAUAUUUUAUAGAUUUCUCUUCUGGGGAUGCUGCCGGGGCAAGGAUUCCCUUGGGUUCUAUUUUUGGUCUAGGUACAUCUGAAGAAGAAGGAUCCUGCUCCGUUUACAAUAAACAUGGAACACAAACACAUGUGAUAAUGAAACAUCGAACAUUAAUGGUGAAACACAUGCACUGGUACAGUACAGGAGAAAAAGUUUCUGUCUGUGAGUGUAGAUGCAGUCGAGCACGUUUACCCCCAAGCAAGUUUUGGCUAUUUGAGCCCCGGUGUGGUCUGCAUGAUGUAGGGGGCUGGUAUGUCGAAACAUUUGGUAAAAAUAAGAAAGGCCGAACAGUCCCAUCAAAAAGGUUUUGGGAUGGUUUUGAUUCUCAAGAACAAUGUCAAGAGCGGCUUCAUCCAGCAAUGUAUCUAAUUGCCCUUGCAUACAGAACUCUUGAUAUCGAAGAUGCAAGGCUGAGGAAACAAAGGAUCAGGGAUACGAUCAAGGGCCAACUUUUUAGGAUCCUCAAUUGGUCCAAGAAACUUAUUUAGGGAGAACAUUGGUCCUUUUGAUGUCGAAAAUGCUUCAAUUAUUAGGCGUGAUAAAUGCUACAGUAAUUAUUAGGCGUGAUAAGUGUCUGCGAGAAGGUCAGUUCUUGCACCUGGCCUGUUACGAAUAUACCAAGCACAGCUAGAGGCCUCGGUAAGAGCAAAUCUUCCUCCUGAUUAGCAUUAUAGUAUAGUUGAGAACGACAUUUUGUAAGUACUUUAAAUUAUCUGAAAGAGCUUUUACCGUAUGGAAAA